AUGACCUGCACCACGUCCCCCAACGGCGCGAUGCUCUCCCCGCGCGGCGCGAAGACGGCCUCGGCCCUCCGCCGGCCCUGGCGCUUCGCCCCGGCGCAGACCUACUCCGCCUCGAACCCGUCGGGCGUCAUCUCCUUCGCCCUGGCCAGCAACGCCCUCGUGCUCGACGACAUCGCCUCCUUCGCCGCCCGCGUCCCGCUGCCGCCGGACGUCUUCACCUACGGCUACAGCACCGCCGGCGGCGCCCGGCUCCGCGCCGCCGUGGCGUCGCACCUGAAUCGCACCUUUGGCCCGCACACGCCGCUGGCGCCGGACGACGUCCAGCUCGCCUCGGGCGCGACGGCCGUGCAGUGCGUCCUCGCCUUCGCCCUCGCGUCCGCGGGCGAGGGCGUGCUCACGUCGCGGCCGGUGUACGGGCGCUUCGAGCUCGACUUCGGCAACGAGAUGGGCGUCGAGGUGGUGUACGCCGACACGACGCCCGACACGUGCCUCGAGCCGGGCGUCGUCGAGGCGUUCGAGGCGGCGCUGCGGCGGUCGCACGCGCGGGGCGUGCGGAUCCGGGCCGUGAUGAUUGUGAACCCGAAUAACCCGCUCGGUCGGUGCUACCCGCGCGAGACGCUGGUGGGCAUCAUGCGCUUCUGCCAGAGGCACAGGAUCCAUCUCAUCAGCGACGAGAUCUAUGGGUUGUCGGUGUUCUCGUCGUCGUCGUCGUCGUCGUCGUCGUCGUCGGAACCGCUGCCGGCCUUCACGUCCGUGUUGUCCAUCGACCCCGAGGGCGUCGUCGACCCGGACCUGGUGCACGUGGAGUACGGCCUCGCCAAGGACUUUGCGGCCCCGGGGAUGCGGCUCGGCGCGCUGGUUUCGCGGAACCGGGCGCUGCACGAGGCGUUCUCGAGCGUCGUGCGGUUCCACAGCCCCGCGGGCCCGUCGGUCGCGAUCGCGGCCGCCAUGCUCGAGGACCGCGGGUGGCAUGACGGGUUCGUGUGCGGGUCCAGGGAAAAGCUCGCGGCGGCGUACGGGUUCGUGACGAGGGGGUUGGAGGACCUGGGCGUGGGGUAUGUCCGGGCGAACGCCGGCUUCUUCGUAUACGUCGACCUAUCGCCGUGGCUGCCGCCGCCGCCGCCUCGGGGGGAGGGAUACGGGACGGACCAGGAACGCGAGUUUGCGCUGGCGCAGAAGAUCUUGGAGAAGGGUGUGUUUCUGCACCCUUGCGAAGAGCACUGUCUUGCGCCGGGGUGGUUUCGUGUGGUGUACACCCAGUCACAAGACAUCAUCGGUGAGGGUCUGAAGAGACUUGGUGACGCAUUGACUAGCUUGCCGUGGGCGGCAUCGAAGAGCAAACAUUCGUGA